GUAAUCUUUGUUCUCAUCUCGGACCGCCAACCACCGUGAAGGCGGCCUCCCUCUUCGCUCCAUACACCCCCUCCCCUUCGUCUCGCCCCGCAAUGUCAUCAAAGGACAAGCCGGCGGAAGUUAUUGAUCUCACCCUCGAAGACGACGAUGGCGAGAACGAUGCAGACGCGGACGAUGAGCGGGCGCUUAGCGGAGCAGAGGGUCCCCCCGACGAGAACUCUACCAAACGGCGAGCUCGGAAGAAGACGAAGACGCGCAAGCGCAACAAGUCCGCCAAGAGCAAGACCGAGGAGAUCGACGCGGACAAGUUUGUUAUGGAUAGUCAACCUGCGGAGCUUCCCAGCAAUUUGGCGUUCACUGCACCUGCUACUGCCGAGGAUGAGAAGAAGUCGUCUUUGCUACUUCCCGAACAUGUGAUCGUCAUGGAUGAGGGGGUAGAGAUCCUGCGACCACCCACGCCACAGGAAACUAGCGACUUUGAGGUCGAGUACAUCUCAUUCGCGGACGAUAAUACGCGGGGCAUGCUACGAUACUUCGCCCAGGAAGAGACAGAGAAGCGUAAGAUCGUGUGCAAGCAUUGUGGCGCAGAAGGGGAUCACGACACAAGGAGCUGUACUGUCAAGAUAUGUCUGACUUGUGGCGCACGAAACGAACACUCCACUGCAGGCUGCCCUGUCACCAAAUCAUGCUACUCAUGCGGUCUUCACGGUCACCUGGCUUCCGACUGUCCCAACAAGUACACCAUCAAGCCGAAGUUUGGCGGAACUUGCGAUCGCUGUAAAUCCAGACUACACAUAACUCAGGAAUGCCCAAGAAUGUGGCGAAUAUAUACCUACAAGAAGGCGUCCGAGAGAGACGAGACUCUGAAGAUGCGCGCAUCGCUGGAAAACAACGCACUUGGUCAAGGUGGCGAAGCAUACAUCGCUCGCGACGAAUUCUGCUACCACUGCGGGGAAGCUGGACAUUGGGUCUUGCGACCUAAACCGCAAGAGUAAGACCACCGAACCGUCCGCCUUCGGCGACGAGAACGUGUUAUCCGGUCCCUUCGGCGACACGCAAAUCGACAAACCCAAGGUAGCACGUCCAGCGAACCGCUCCGCGUACGCCGACACCCGCGAGUAUUCUGUCGGAAAAGCCGCGAAAAAGAAGUCGAUUGCAGCUCAGCGCGACUAUUCUCGACGGCAG